AUGAGUGCUGUUUCUGGAUUAGUAUCAAGGCAAGUUUUGCCAGCAUGUGGAAGCCUUUGUUUCUUCUGUCCAGCACUCACAACAAGGUCUAGGCAGCCUGUGAAGAGGUACAAGAAGCUGAUCUCAGAUAUUUUCCCUAGAUCUCCGGGUGAAGAACCAAAUGAUAGAAAGAUAGGGAAGCUCUGUGAAUAUGCUGGGAAAAAUCCUCUACGUGUUCCGAAGAUAACAAGUUCUCUUGAGCAUCGUUACUACAAGGAAUUAAGAAACGAGAAUUUUCAGGGUGCAAAAAUUGUUAUGUUGAUUUACAGAAAACUAUUGAUUUCUUGCAAGGAGCAAAUGCCCCUUUUUGCAAAUAGUUUGCUGAGUAUCAUGCAAACUCUACUGGUUGAGACAAGACAUGAUGAAAUGCUAAUUAUAGGAUGCCAAACACUCUUUGAUUUUGUAAAUUGUCAGAAAGAUGGAACUUACAUGUUUAAUUUGGAAGGUUUCAUCCAAAAUCUUUGUCAGUUAGCUCAAGAAGUUGGUGAAGAUGACAGAGUGGAGGCACUCCGUUCAGCUGGUUUGCAAGCUCUUUCUUCAAUGGUUUGGUUCAUGGGUAGAUAUUCACAUAUAUCAGGAGAGUUUGACAAUAUUGUUUCUGUAGUUUUGGAAAAUUAUGGAUCUUUGAACAAAGAGUCUGAUGACCCAAAUCAAAAUCGAUGGGUACAAGAAGUGUUGAAAAGUGACCAUCAUGUCUCCCCAUCUGAGGCUUUGAUAAAGGUUCCAUCUUGGAGAACAAUUGUCAAUGAAAAAGGAGAACUAAAUGUAGCUGUAAUUGAUGCCAAAAACCCUUCUUUUUGGUCACGUGUGUGUCUUCAUAACAUGGCUAAACUUGGGAAAGAAGGUACAACAAUGCGGCGUGUUUUGGAAUCUUUAUUCCGUUUUUUUGAUGCAGAGAAUCUAUGGCCUGCUUCAAAAGGGGUUGCCUACCCUGUUCUCAAGGACAUGCAAAUUAUAAUGGAUGAAUCCGGACAAAACACACAUUUUCUGCUUUCUAUAUUAAUCAAGCAUCUUGAUCACAAAAACGUACUUAAAAAACCUGAUAUGCAGCUAGACAUCUUAGAGGUUACCACAUCACUUGCACAAGAAACAAAGAAAGAAGCUUCGGUUGCGAUAGUUGGAGCUAUUGCUGAUGUCAUCAGACAUCUUAGAAAAAGUGUACAUUUGGCGCUUGAUGAUGCGGAUUUGGGAGCAGACACGAUCAAAUGGAACAAAAAGUUUCAUGAUUUGGUGGAUAAAUGCCUUGUGGAGUUAACAUCGAAGGUUGGUGAUUCAAGCCCAAUUUUUGACAUUAUGGCUGGAAUGAUGGAGAACAUUUCGAGUAUUACAGUUAUAGGAAGAACUACAGUUGCUGCUGUUUAUCGCACUGCUCAAAUUGUAGCUUCAUUGCCUAAUUUGGCAUACAACAAUAAGGCAUUUCCAGAAGCUCUAUUCCAUCAAUUACUUCCUGCAAUGAUUCAUCAAGAUCAUGAAACCAGAGUGGGAGCUCAUCGGAUCUUUUCAGUUGUUCUUGUGCCUUCUUCUGUUUGCCCUCGGUCAACUCCAAACAUCCAGUCAACAGUCAGUGAUCCAAAGGCUGCAGUUCCACGAUCACUAUCAAGGACUGUUUCUGUCUUUUCUUCUUCAGCUGCCCUUUUUGGGAAAUUGAAAAAAGAUGGGCCUUUAGUGUCCAAAAAUGUUAGUCAACGAAACCAAAACCAAAACCAAAACCAAGUUAAGUUUUCAGAACAAAGAUCAAAUAAUGCUGCAGCAUUGAAUGGAAUCAAGCCGAGUUACAGCCGAGUUUAUUCAAUGAAACUUGAUGUCAAUGCUGCAAUGAAUUUAAACAAAGAUGGAGAGGCAGUUACACUUAGGCUGAGUUCUCACCAAAUAUCACUCCUACUUUCUUCAAUUUGGGCACAAUCAAUCUCACCGGAAAACACACCGGAAAACUAUGAAGCAAUUGCUCACACCUACAGUCUGGUUUUGUUAUUCUCUCGAGGAAAGAAUUCCGGACGUGAGGCUCUUGUUAGAAGUUUCCAGCUGGCAUUUUCUUUGCUUGGUAUUUCUAUUGCUGAAGGAGGACACCUACCACCAUCACGUAGGAGAUCUCUUUACACAUUGGCAACUGCUAUGAUAGUUAUUUCUGGGAAAGCAUUCAGUAUUGUUCCUCUUGUUCCACUUGCAAAAUCUCAUCUUGCUAACAAAAUGGCGGAUCCGUAUUUGUUCUUGAUUGAAGAUUGCAAGUUGACUGUUGGACCUGCAUCAAGCAGUAUUAGUUUUGGAUCUAAGGAAGAUGAUCGAUCUGCUCUAAAAUCACUUUCAGAAGUAAAACUCAAAGAAGAUCAUUCAAUUGAAUCAUUGGCAGCUAUAAUUGUGAAGCACUUGGAAACUGUCUCUGAGUCUGAAAUUUCGAGCAUUAAGGAGCAGUUGCUACACGGAUUUGUGCCAGACGAUGAUGUUGGUUCAGCAAAUACACUACUACAGAUGAAUUCAGAAGAUGAUAGAUCUAUGGACGAGGAUACUCCACUUCUAUUUAUGGAUGAUGAUGAUGAUGAUGAGUCGCAUGGAGAUUUAGUUGAAAGUGACAACCUGCUUUCGCUAUCAACAGCCGAUACUUCAGAUCUCUUGAGUAUCAAUCAGUUGUUGGAUUCAGUGUUGGAGUCUGCACAACAAGUUGGGAGAAUGUCGAUAAGUGUUACACCCGAGGUUUCUUAUAAAGAAAUGACAAAUCAAUGUGAGGCUCUAGUAAAUGGAAAACGGAUGAGAAUGUCUAAUUUGAUGAGUAUUCAACAGAGACCUGGUAAUCAAAAUGAUACUGAAAUCAACAAGCAAUCGCGUGCAAGCCAUCCAUUCCUAGAACAAAAUGCACCCCCUUCAGUGAAGCGCACAUCAUGUGCUAAAGAAUACCAGAAUAUACCCCAUUCAUUUAGACUACCCGCAUCAAGUCCAUAUGAUAACUUCUUAAAAGCUGCAAGAUAUUAAUUAAUCUUUAUCUUUUGGAACACCAUGAUGUAUGCCAAUCACACGCCCUUUAUAGCAACCUACUUUGUGCCAAAAUAGUGAAAAAGAUUUGAUAUGGUUUCCGUUUUGAAGGUGGGCCCCGAAACCGCAUGCUUCUUCUUAUUCCUCUAAUGACUUAGAGGUGAAGAAUUGGUAUUUUGUGAUCGAAUCAGGAUUGGUUACUCCAAAAUAAUUCAUCCAUUUUUUCCCCUUUUAAUAUUCUUUUAUGGAGAUGUAAUUAUGUAUAGAUGCGUAGUAUGCUGUCAGGUUGAUAGUGGUAUGAUGAUUCUGUGAGCAUUUUGAGAGUUUCCUUCCAAUUAGAAAUGUGAAUUGUGAUUUGUUCUUUUUCACCCUUGAAGGUGAAUGUAAAGAUGGUAUUUUUGUGGAUUAAUGAUCCACCAUUCAGUAAAUAGUUAGCAUGCA